AUUUUUUUCACACGGCUAUCUGAAAAUCAACUUCUUUGUCUUUUAUAUUUAGUUAUAUUUUAGGAUCUAGGUUGAGAUACUACCGGUUUAAAUAUUGAAGAAACAAAAAUGGGCUUAAGCAAAACGAGGAGACCUUUGGGAGAACUCGAGAGCAGACCAGUGUAAGCCCGAGACCGAAGGUCGAGGCAUCACCAGAAAUGAAAGACAUUUUGCGACUGCGCUCACAUUCAGUGGUUGCUCCUUUAAGUAAUUAAUAAUCCAUAAAAUAAAAUGGCGGCAGAUUUACGUUCUCCAGGCUGUGUGCCAUUCAGUUUGCUAAACAAUUUGAGUAGUGUAUAUUUGCUUUACGACGAAAGCAAAAAGAGAAGAAAGAAAAGAAAAACUCUUGGGCUAAUUGAAGCUGAGCUGGUGGUUGCCGAAAGAAAAGGUGGAGAGGUAAAUAAAUAUCUUAUUAAGGGGAAGGAUUACAGCUUUUACGAAAAUACAUGGGAGCCAGAAGAGCACCUUUCGUCAACUUUACUCAGAUAUUUUAAAGAACCUAACACAGCUAUGGAAAUUGUACAAUCAUGUGUCGACAGGCUAAGAAUGACAGCUCUUAUUGCUCAAAAACGUCAAGGCUCUGAGCAAAGAAUUUCUAUAGAUUUCAGGCAUGAUGUUUUCCAAUAUCUUUUUUAUGGCUUUGGUGAACCAGCACAGCAAAAACAUUGGACUCUUUAUGAGAAAAAGGACUUCUUUCUAUGUAAGUUCCCAGAGAACUGGAGUUGUCUUUAUGACAGUCAUGGAGAUGGAAUAAAGAUUAAAUAUACUGAACUGAAAAUAAGAAAAUUUUUGGGAAAAUCCCCAAAAACUCACAAAAGGAAUAGAACUAAAAUAAAUGCAAUGCCUCAAACAUGUUUCGAGAAAAUCUCUGUUUUUUUUUAUAAAGAUUCCUUUAUUGUGUACUUAGUUUCAGUAUUCAAAUGA